CUCUCUCAUGCAUGCACUACACUUCACCUACCAAAGUAAAAGCCAAAACCCCAAAUAUAAAACCAAAGAUUUUAGACUAACGAAGAAUUUGAGCUUUUGCUUUUACCUCUCUCAGCCCAUUUGCUGAGAUGGGGUUUUCUUGGAUGAAGUGGGUGCUGUCUCUUGGAUGAUGUUGCAGUUACCUAUUGCUAUCAAGUAAUCCAAGUUUGUUUUUUGAAGUGGGCAUGAUGUUAAUUACAGGAGAAAUGGUCAACAUGGUGCAGAGCCUCAAGGAGAGGCUGAGGCCUCUUGUGGGAUUGAAAAGCUGGGACUACUGUGUUCUUUGGAAACUAAGUGAAGAUCAAAGGUUUCUGGACUGGAUGGAUUGUUGCUGUGCUGGAAGCGAAAACAGUACUCAAAAUGGUGAAGAGGAGAUUCUUUUUCCUGUUUCCAGUGUACUUCCUUGCAGGGAUGCCAUGUUGCAGCAUCCAAGAACCAAAUCUUGUGAUCUUCUUGCCCAAUUGCCUUCUUCUAUUUCCCUAGAUUCUGGCAUUCAUGGACAGACCUUGAUUUCAAACCAACCCAGAUGGCUCAACUUCUGUAAUAGUUCAGAUUCAAGCGUUCUCGAAGAAACAGUUGGGACCAGGCUCUUGAUUCCAGUGCUGGGAGGACUAAUUGAACUGUUUGUUGCUAAUCAAGUAGCUGAGGAUCAACACGUAGUAAACUUCGUCACAACACAGUGCAACAUAAUCUUGAUGGAGCAGGAAGCCAUGAUGAAUUCAAGCAAUAUUGAUACAAUCUUCUCAGUUAAUGCCAAUGCAGGCAAUGCAGAUGAGGAAAAGGAUCCCAACAAUCAUUUCCAGGCAACAAUUUCCCCAGUAACAGCAUUGGAGAACUUGAAUGAUCUGCCAUUUGACAUCUCAGUUGAACGAAUCCGCCUAUGCAGCUCUCCCAUGAACUUCUUGCAGCAAUUCAGUUACACCUCUGAGAGUAGCGUCAAGAAUGAUAUCUUCUUUGAAGGAUCCGAUGGCUCAUUUCUUUCAGAGAAGGUGAUUAACCCCUUUAUGUCCUCAGAUUGUGGAUUUCAGGAGAUGGAGGCAAUGCAGAAAUCCAUGAUGGUGUGUACUAACAAUUCCAAAAACAUGCAUAGAGAAAUGAUGGAGCCUCUAGCAAACAAGGAGCAGCUGGGUGAUGAUAAGGAUUCGAGUACUAAACAAAUGGCAAACCAAGCUGAUUCAGUAUCAGACUGCAGUGAUCAGAUUGAUGAUGAUGAUGAUUUGAAGUACCGAAGGAGGACUGGAAAAGGGACUCAAUCAAAAAACUUGGUCGCUGAGAGGAGGCGAAGGAAGAAGCUUAAUGAUAGACUCUAUGCGCUUCGUGCUUUGGUUCCCAAAAUAUCUAAGUUGGAUAGAGCUUCAAUUCUGGGUGAUGCAAUAGAAUUUGUGAAGGAGUUGCAGAAACAAGCAAAGGAUCUUCAAGAUGAGCUGGAAGAGCAUUCAGACGAUGAAGGGGGGAAGAUUAAUGCAGGCAUCAACAGCAACCAUAACAAUGUCCAAUCUGAAAUUCUGAACAAUGAUGGAUCAGGAGUUAACAUUGGGUCUAAAACUGAAAAUGAAGAAGCUCAAAACGGGAUUCAUAUGGGAGAAGCAGGCAAUGGCAGUGCCUGCAGGCUCCCUAAGCAAAACCAUGAAACUGAUCAAAUCAACAAUGACAAAGCACAGCAGAUGGAGCCCCAAGUGGAAGUGGCUCAGAUAGAAGGCAAUGAGUUCUUCGUUAAGGUGUUUUGUGAGCACAAGGCUGGCGGGUUUGCGAGGCUGAUGGAGGCUCUGAGCUCUCUAGGCUUGGAAGUGACAAAUGCAAAUGUAACAAGCUGCAAAGGCCUGGUUUCUAAUGUGUUCAAAGUAGAGAAGAGGGACAGUGAGAUGGUUCAAGCUGACCAUGUCAGGGACUCCUUGCUCGAGUUGACAAAAAGCCCAUCUGAAAAAUGGUCUGAUCAGAUGGCUUACCCUUUGGAAAAUGGCGGAGGCUUGGACUUUCACCACCACCACUACCACCUUCACAGCCAUCUUCUCAGUUCUCACCACCUCCACCACCAUCAGAAUUAGCAUAUCACUUCGACUUUUUCCUUUUUUCCAUAACAUAUAAUACUGUUUACAUAUGAUCAUCUUCAUGGUUCCAAAAAAGAAGUUCCUGAAAAAUAAAUGAAAGGGGAAUAUUCUCAA